AAGCUUAAUUUAUCAGCUCUUUCUUAGGAGUCUUGCUGUAGUGUUUGUGGAGCUGUCGUUACGUCUGCAUGUUGAGUUGUCUGUGGUGGUGAAGGUGGUGAUGGCGGUGAUGAGGAUAGUGGUGGUGGUGGUGGCCUGUUUGACUUUGCUGGUGCAGGUCACUGAGGGCAACAACCCAUCCUGCUAUAAGUUCUCCCAGUUGAAGCUUGAAGAUGGACAAUCAAAGAAUUAUUCAUGCCCCGAAGAGGAAUGUUCGGAAAGGAGCGAAAGGAGUGGAAAAGUUGUUGGAACAGGAGAGUAUUUUGGGGGAUCGGACAUCUGUUUGGCUGCGUUGCAUGCAGGUGUUGUUACCAGACUGGGCACCAAUGUCACCAUCACACUGCUCAACGACACGACUCGUGAGGUCUUCGGUACAAGCCAGAACCGUAUAGUCUCCCAGACGAAGAAAAGAAAAGAUGCCCCUGUUUUCAGAGUGCAAAAUCUAGUGCAGGAGGAGACUGACAUGGUGGAUGAAGUGUUGAUGGUUCACAAUGGUGGUUCUGGGUCUGUCGUUCGCUUCACUUGUUUCUCGCAAGAUCAGAAAUCUACCAUCUCUGCCACCAGUGUCCAAAACUGGAACUACACAAAGAUCGAGAUAAACAACAGCUCAGGCGACGGCUCUCCCAAACUGGUGUUCGACUUCAACAAAAAGAGCAACGUUAAUGCCGUGCGUCUCCUGGGCAGCCGAAGAGACAAGGACGUGCUGGCAGUGGUGCAAUACCCUGAAGCCCAGUACCAGUCCCGGGUAGCCACCUUGAGAGUCAGCUUGAGAGACAAUAUUUCUCUCGGCAUGAUGAAAAGAAAACCAACUGAACAAUCACCUGUCGACGUCCUGUUCCAGCGACUCCCUGAUACAAAUUGGGUCCCGGGUAGUCUUCCACUCUCCAUCAAUUCUGCCAGUUCCUCUAAUGCAGGAAUUUACACCUUCAAAGACACAUCCAUCAACAUAGAAGAUACACAUUGGGCUAACAUGGACUGGAUGAUAAGAGGUUGCCGUAAGGAUCUCUACGGCCCAAAAUGUCGAGAGAGAUGCCCACAGUGCCUCAACGGCGGCCAGUGCCACAGCCACCUGGGGACCUGUGUGUGUGCGCCGGGCUUCAUCGGGAAAACCUGCCAGUACGCCUGUCCAGCGGGAUGGUUUGGAAAUAAGUGUCAGUUCAGCUGCAGCCAAGACUUGCGUGGCACUCAGGUGGGAGAGGAAGAGGAGCGGGAGAGAAGCUGUCGAGGACUCACCAUCUGCCAGCCUUAUCCGUAUGGCUGUUCCUGUGCCGCAGGUUUCUCACAUUAUCGGCUUGGUCGGACCUGCUCAGAAGAGUGCCCCACUGGUCACUAUGGUGCGGACUGUGAACAGAAGUGCCAAAACUGUCUCAAUGAUAAGUGCCACCCUGACUCGGGAACCUGCGUACGGGGUUGCCAGCGCGGGAAGGUCUGCAGGAAAGAUAUGCCCUCCCCUGAUGUCAGUCUCACCCCUCUCCACCGUGGAUUCUCGGCCUCUUGGAAAGCCUCCACUGACAAGGACACCUACUACUUCAUUUCCCACGAGCUUUUACACCGCCAUGACUGCCGGGUUAAUGACACGGAGAGGCGUCACCAGCACCUUCUCACCACACUUGAGUACAAUACCACCGCCUUGUUGCAACACGCAGCCUACAAUGUGUGUGUGGUGGCAAGCUCCCCCAAGGCCCGCAGGCGCCCCAUCUGCUCCAUGGUGGUCACACUCCCUGAGGUGCCCAGUGUAAACAUUACAAGUCUUGAAUGUGUUGAUGCUGGGAAGACUCUGACCUGCUUCGUCAAUGUGUCUGGUGGCUGUGAAAACUACAAUGGGCCAAAUGCAACAGUCACCUUCACUCUUCAUGCCAAACUGGCCUGCUCAGACCCUCUCACCACAUUGAAAAAUUUCACUAAACUCUCGGACACUACAGCAAACGCAUCUUUUUCUGACUAUCUACAUGGUGAGACGUAUCAAGUGACUGCAGAAGUGGGGAACAACAUUGGGCCUGGAGACAGAAGAAACAUGAACUUCACCACAAAUGCCAGAGAGCCUCCUCCCAUUGUGAAUGUGACCCACAUCUCCCUGUCUGACUCUGCUAUUCAGCUGAAAUGGAAUGAUCCUUGUCCAUCAAAUGGGAAAAUUAAAAUGUGGCGUUUUGCAAGAAAUGGGACCAGUGAGACUGAAUGGCAGAAACUGCAGUCUUGUGGCACUUCAGCUUCAAAUCGUUGUCACUACAUCACAGGGUUGGAGCCGGGGAAUGUUUAUAAUUAUAAAAUUGAACAGAAAAAUGAUGGUGGCACUGAUUAUGGAUACAACUUCACAUUCAAAUUUGAAGAAAUAGAGCCUGGUCCCCCAAAUGUCACCACAGCUGGAAAGGGAGACCAACAGCUUAACUUGACCUUAGAACUGCCCAGCUACCAUGGUGGAACACUCAGGAACUGCUGUAUCACCUUCACUCCCUCCAAAGAGGAAUGCAAUGACAUUCUGAACCUGGAUUCUCAAACUUUGAACUUUAUGUUUGAUGGGUUGGAGCAAGGAAAAAAAUAUGAGGCAGAAGCAUACUGCUGUAAUAACAAGUUCUGCGGUGAGCGCUGGAGGCAACCUGUGGCCACAAAGCCUUUGCCCAUCCCCCCCCCUGCCGCCCCCAGCAUUCUCAAGAAGACUAAUUCUACUGUCACUCUCCGCCUUCCUGUCAUCACCCACGAUCAAGAUGGGAACAGGUCCCUUGUUGUGUUUGUUCAGCAAGAACCCCAAAACCAAAACUUUAACUUGACUGAGGAGAUCAUCAGACUGUUUGAGACACAGCAGCGGCAGACAAGGAAGAAGAGGCAUUCUUCGCUGGGUGAAGACCAGUGCAAGGCGCAGGUGUGGAUUGCUGCAGAACUGAAUGAGGCUGGUAAGGAGUUUGUGCUGGGAGAUGGCCAAAAAUACGGUGACUUUCUCAACUGUCCCUUAAAGUUAGGCCAGACUUACAUCAUUGGCCUCAUGGUGGUGAAUGAGUUGCUCGGAGAGAAAACCUACUCCUUUGUGAUACUGGAUGGAGGGGUGGUUGUGGAGCCCACGGAUAUAAGUUCAUAUGACCCUCUGCUGUUGUUGCUGCUGCUGUUAUUGAUCUUCCCCCUCUUUGGACUGCUGGCAUACCUUUGUUACUCUAGACAGCCAGCCAGCAAAGAGGAUGAACAGAAAAUCACUGCCAAUCACGCACUGCAAGACAUGACCCCAGUCAUGGGGCCUCUGGUGACCACAAACAGGGAGACCAUAAAAGAAGACAAGAUAGAGGAUGAACCCAUUUAUGAGAACCUGAAUCCACAAGCAUCUCUGGCCACUACAAGUCAAGUGCCAUAUGAAGAAGUGGAAGGCUAUCUCAACAAGAUGAUUGGUUCAAAGGAGAUUGGAGAUGAUUUUAGGACUGUGCCAGGAACCUUAAACAAGAGCAUGGUGGUAGCCCUGUUUCCGGAACACAGAGGCAAGAACCGCUACAAAAACAACCUCCCAUUUGAUGACACCCGGGUGGUUCUCUCCAAGCUUGAUGACGACCCGUCCUCAGACUACAUCAAUGCCAACCAUGUGCCGGGCUAUGGCAAUAUGCGCUACAUCGCAACACAGGGGCCCAAGAAUGCUAAAGUGUGCACCAUUGCAGACUUCUGGAGGAUGGUGAUGGAGCAGCAAAUUAAUGUCAUCAUUAUGGUGGCCAAUUUUGUUGAGAAUGGCAAGAGGAAGGUUGGGGAAUACUAUACUCCUGGACAGACAUUGAACUUCAGUGGCUUUGAGGUGGUGGUGGACAACCAGGAGCACCUGCCUCAUUUCACUGUGUCAUCCAUCUCAGUGAAAUGGAAGGAAGAGGUGCACCAGGUGCAGCAUUACCACUACCAAAAGUGGCCUGACCAUGGCAUCCCCUUUGAGGCCUACUCCAUAGCUCAGAUGCUCAUCCACUUCCAGUCCUACCACAGUGGGGGGGGAACUGUUGUGCAUUGCUCUGCUGGAAUUGGACGGACAGGCACAGUGCUGCAGGUGCUGAUGAUGUGUGAAAUGCUGAACCUUAAGAGCUACCUAAGUCCCCUUGAAGUUCUUGGAAGAUUGAGGAUGAGUCGUGCUCGCCUAGUGGAGAAUGAAGCUCAAUAUAAUCUCAGCCUAGAGAUUUUGGAAGAGGUCUUAUUUGGGAGGAAAACAAAUGUGUCUACAGACUACCUGUCAAACCAUCUGGAUAAAUGCAUUCUUUCAUCCAGGACUCAGUAUGCCAAGGCCAAAGCUCUUCCUUCACCACUCACCUACACUACCUCCAACCUGCCAAUCUGUCAGUCACUCAAUCGCAACCCAUCAAUCCUACCAUCUGACUCCAGCCGCUUCUAUCUUCAACCCAAAGCUGGACUGAAUGCAGAGUUGUCUCAGUACAUCAAUGCUAUACGUGUGCCAUUCCUAGACAAGCAGAAAUUCAUUACAGCCACAGAACACCCACUGCCAGACACUGUUGCCAAUUUCUGGAGGCUUGUGGUUGAGACAGAAUGUACUCUAAUUAUCUUCAUCAACAGCUUGGAGGACCAGAAAGAGGGCGAGUUCCCUACAAUGCUGCACGCCCCUGAGAUGUGGCAGGUAGGAGACUAUCAGCUGCAGGUGGAGCAGACUGAACAGUAUGGCGUCUGGCUGAGGCACUCCGUCCUCACCAUUACUUCAAAGAAGGAUGGGGGGAUGCACCGUGUUCAUGUGUAUCAGAGUAUUCAGUGGCCAAUCUCCUCCUCACUGCCUCCAUCUCCUCUCCUGCUGCUGACUGUUGCUGAGCUGCUGCAAGUCCCUCGAAGUGCCAAGGCUGGACCACCUCUCUUGUGCUGUGGUGACGGCGUAACAGGCUGUGGACUGGUAGCAGGCAUGGCAAUGAUAAUAAAACACCUUCAGGAGGAGCAAGUGGUGGAUGUCUACAGGAUGGUGGUGAAGCUGCAGAGAGCCAGACAGCAGUUCAUUGUCAGUAAGGAGCAGUUUUCUAUGCUGUACACCGGUGCUGCCAUGUACCUGCGAGAGUUUUCAAACUAUGGAAACUUUCAGUGAGCAACAGACAUUUAUGCAUGCAUUAAAGUGUAAUUAGUUGCUUAGAAAUGGUAGAGGUUGUAUAACUGCGUAUAGUAGAUGUAUUUGGUAGUUCCUGGUGGUAGUACUGGCAUACCCAGUUUAAAUAAACUAGUACAAACAACCCCUGUUAUUCAACAGGGUUGCUUUUCAAUGAAAAUGGUGAAAUAGGGAAAUUUUCAAUAACAACCCAGUUUUUCUCUUAAUAAUUCAUGUAAAUAUUGGAGAUUAUGUUCCUGACUUCCUCUUUGACCUAACUUCUUUUUUAUGAUUUUUUUUACAUUAAUUUUUUUCAUUAGACAGAAGGAAUGGUCUUAAUAUACUCUAUAUGUAGCAUAAUAAUAAGGAAGAAAAAUUCAAUACAUUCAUCUGUACUUCCAGUUUGCAAGUUGCUCUGUUGGCAGGUUGAUGGGAGAUGAAUCAACCUUAUUUAUAACUUUGUUAUGAAAUACAACACACAUUUACAAGGUCUACAACACUUCAGGAAAAUUUCAGAGUUUCUCGGUGCCAUUGUGUUCUCCAGCAAUGCCUAUGAAUAUCUCUUUAAAUAUUGACAAAUCACAUUGAUCCAGAUGAGAUCAGAUGAGUGUUGGAGGCUCCUCCUUUCACUUCUUUCUGCAUUCUUUACCUUCACUGCUUGUGUGCUGCAAUCACCUUUAUCAUCUCACGUUGUCUAUAUUUUGUAAGUUGAUUUCCUUUUCCAAUUUAUACGGUUUUGCAUGAAUAAGAAUCUUCCUAAUAUGUCUUCGUGUUUUCCAUGUACAGUGGGGCCCUGUUGCAAGUGAUAAUAAGAGACAAAAGUUUGCUAGUUCUGAAACUGCUAGUUGGGGGCAAACUUUGGAUGGUAAAAAAUAAAAACAGGCUGGAACUUCUCAAAAGCUGACUUUUUUGCUCUAUUUCACCUGCUUUUAAUAACUAAAUUUAAAUUCCAUAUCAGCAUUACCACGAAUAGGCAAAGUUGAAAAAAUUCACCAUUAAAAGCUUUGCCUGUGCUCCUUAUUGAAAAGAAGUUAGGAUUUGUGCAUCGGCUUACCGAGAGGCCGCCCCGCCCCCAACACCAUCGUCACCCUCCUGCACAGCCUGAUGCAGCAGCCUUCCUCGGCAACACACUCCUCUCACAUUGCAGCAGCUCAUGAUCAUGAAACCCAGUAAAGUCCUCAGGGCUGGCAGGGCUAAGCAGAGCAACAGCAUCAGCAUCACACUCCUGUGGUCAUCCCAACAAAUAUGGCAUCCCAUGCAACAGCUUUUUCAUAUUUCCCCAUCAGCUCUUAUAGGCAACCCUUUACUUCAGAGUUGAACGAAACACUCAUAGAAGGCUAAAAGAUGCAGAAGAGGUAACAAUGGCCACAAUUAUAACUGUCUGUUUUGUUUACAUUCACUGCCUAAACCCCCCCCCCUGUCCGAUUUGGCGGGAUGUUUGACGCCAUCUUGGUAAAACUUGUCAGCUCUGUUGUGUAACAUUGCACAACAUUGUAUGGCCAAUAGCUUAAUUGAGCUCAGGGAUCAGGUGUCCACCUUUCUCACACAACUAAACGCACAACGUCUCCUCGAGUCAUCUUGACACAACAUGCCCACUCAUUCUUCCCAGCCAUUGAAAAUAUUCACUAGUCCCAUGGCUUUGUUCGUUAGCUCUGAAACUCGGGAACAUUUCUUUCCUAUCACUUGACUUGAAAUCGCUAUUUAGAAAAAUCCUGGACACAGGGUCCCUCUGUAUGGUUACUGUAUCUCCAUGUUCUUAACCUUUCAUUUAAGUUUAAGACUAUUGUUUGUUUUGUAUAUCUUAAAUAAAUAGAAUAGGAUACAAGAAGA